CUGGUCGCCGCUCUGGCUAUAGCUGUGGCUCUGGUUCUGGCGCCGCACGAGUCGAGUUUUCCAUGUAGGGAACAUGACAGUGUGCUGCAGAAGAGUGCGAACAUAGCAUGAAAAACCCCAUCUGUCUCAAGCUGACUCUUCUCUGUGGACUUCUUUGAAACAAACACACACUUAAGCGCCAACGAUUUCCAAACUCUGCUCCUUCUGCCACCUCCAACAGCAACAGCAGCAUCCACGGCCAUCCAUUGCACACACAAGAAUCUCCGGCAAUCUCAAAGGAAUCUCAAACUGAACUAAAGUCAGACGAAGAGGCCAGAGCGGACCACUCACCAGCGACCUGCAGGAGUCUCCGGCAGGAACAGGACAGGACAGAACAGGACCUCAUCAAGCCACGCCUGUAAAGCGACAGCCCCAAGAUGGCGGCAUUCAUAGCAAAGCAAAUGGUUGGAAACCAAUUAAGUGCCGUUAAAGAUGCUGCAGGCGGCGCCGUAGGAGGUGAUGGCGGCGAUGAUGGCGAUGACAAGGAAAAGGCAGAGGAGGAGGAGAGGGAGCGUCAGGAGGCCAUCCGCGAGGCCGAGGAGCGACGAAAGGAGAAGCACCGGAAAAUGGAGGAGGAGCGCGAAAAGAUGAGGCAAGACAUUCGCGACAAGUACAAUAUCAAGAAGAAAGAGGAAAUCGUUGAGGCUGCACCGCAAGAGGAACCUAAUCCUCUGAUGAGGAAAAAGAAGACACCUGAGGAACUGGCCGCCGAGGCGGAGCAGGAGGAGCUCGACGAUUUCACAAAACUGAAAAAUCAAAUAGAAACGCAAGUAAAUGAGCUAAAAACUCAAAUAGAGGGAAAAUGUGUCAUGCAGUGAUAUGUCAGUCAUCAUAAAAAGCAAAUAUAAAAAAACCAAUAUAAUAGAAACACAAGUAACAAGUAACAAUUCAAAUAACCCCUAACUGAUGAAACCCAAAUUUAUUUAAUGCAUCCUGACCUUGAAUUUGUUAAUACUUAUGAGAUCUGUUGAGUUUAAUCAUUGGAAACACAGUCGAAACGAAUAUAACUCCUUAGAAAGCUAACCGGCUAACCGUAACCCGGCAGAAAUAAAUCGAACACAAUCCGAUCCGAUCCGAUCCGAUCUACUCUACUGAGUUUUUGGCAAGACCUCCAAUGCAGUAUACCAAAAAUGCUAAUGAAAUAACAGCUUAACUUAAUAACAAAGAAGGAGACAUGCGAAUGCGAAUCAAAAUGCGAACAGGACGGUGAACUACUAAGGAAUAAACCGAAUUAUUUCAAACCAAUUAACAAAUAGUAAACGCCUUUAAUAAUAUAUAAAUCACUUUGCUUCGAUGAUAAUGUAAUAUACUCAAGCCCCAAUACACAAUACAUAACCGUUGUUUAGUUGAUAAUAUACAAUAAAAUAACGAAAGGAAACUAAAUGAAACUAACAAAACGGUACGAUGUGCUGCAAAACAAAACGAAACUAAAAAAAAAAACAUUAAAAAAAUACAAAAACAUAAAAAAUAAAUAGAAACAUAAUAUAAGCAAAAAGCUAAGAAAAACCAAUUAAGCGAAUGGUGCGACAGAAGAGGAUGCUGAAUAAUGUCGAACCGUCGAAAUACUUUGCUGAAAUCACUUUGGACUUUAUUCCAUAAAUGAGUAUGGGAAGAUUAUGAACUAAAUCGGCGCAUAUGUUGUAAUUGCCAUUCGAAUAUAUAAGUAUAUGUAUGUAUACAAAAUAUACAUACGUGUGUAUGAUUACAUGUUAUGUACAUUUCCAUGAAUUUAACCCCAGAAAAUUAAUCACAUUUGCAAACCAAUUGACUGCAGAGACGUUGAAAUUAUUGCUGGUUUUCAAGCUGAUCCGAUCCGAAAUCUGAUUUUAUCUAAUCUGAUCGCCUACAACCCAAGAAAAUUCAAAAUUUUAAAACUGACUUAAGUCAGUUUGGUUUCGAAAUUGACAAAAAACAAAUCUUCUUUAACAGCUGUUACAUUUUGUUUCUUUCCUAUACAAAAAUACAUACCACACUACAAUUGAGAGUUUAAAAUCUUUCGAGACAGUUACUGAUCUCACUGAUUGAUGCUUCUGAAAUACAUGUACUCUUCUCUCGGUGUUUUAUGUAUGAUAUAUCAUCAUCAACAACAACAACAACAAGAACAACAGCACAAGAAAACCACUACAGCCAGUACAAAAACAAGAACAACAUCAACAUCAACAUCAACUACAUCUACAGCAAAAGUAACUAACAAAAGUAAUGUUAUACAUCAAAUAUGUGUACAUAUAUGUAUGUUCGAGAUGAGCUUCUAUAAAAGCCCACAGCACAGCCAAAAACAACAACAACAACAACAUAAACAUGAUGAACAUGAACAUCAACUUCAACUCAACCUCAAUCUCAACUCAUGACAGUUUGCUACAAGUUUUUCUUAACAUAUUUCUGAACGUUGUGAACUUCAUUUGUACAAUAUAUAUAUAUGGCUUAUCUUUAAAAGCAUAAACACACAUCAAUACCACACAUACACAUGCAGUUACACAUUCAUAUAAGUACAUGAAUUCAUACUAGUCACAUGAAUUUAAAUAGCAAAAAUGGUGUUGUAAACGCUUAUUCUACAUAGACACAUACAUACAUACAUACAUACAUACAUACAUACAUAUGUACAGAUCCAACAACAACAAUACAAACCAACCAACCACCAACAAGAGAUUUACAAUGUAUGUACAAUUCGCAUAGAAAGUUACAAUAUAAUGAAUAUACCAAAAAUGCUUAAGAUGUAUGUUAUGUUAUGAUGAAUUAUGAACAAUUAUACAAAGAAAGAAAUGCCGAGACCCUAUCAGUACGUCUAUCAGUAAAAACAUCACUCUCAGAUUCUUCUUAACCGUUCUUAACUCCAUAUGUUUCUUGUACACAUAUCGGCGCGGCAGCAGUAUUACGACCAUCGUUACCUACGGCCUAAACGCAUCUCUCUGUCAAUCUAAUAAAGCAAUCCCUCGUGCCCCCAUCGGUCCAUACCAAGUUAGGAACGAUCGAACUAAUGAAAGAAUGCCUUAACGUGGCUCACAUGACUAGAUCAUGAGUAGCGAAUAGAUGAAUACAAUGACGAUGAGAUUAAGAUGAUGAUUCUACCAAAGGAAGAGGAAUCCACAAUUCUUAACUGUUACUUUAACCCACAAUUGUACUUGUACUUAUACUACUAGAGCUACGAUACUACUUAGCUUAGCUGCGUUUCCCUUCCGCAUUCCAAUCUAGUUUUACUAAAUCCGAAUCCAGAUACUCGUAUCUUAGCUCUUAUGCUCCUUUCGAACUCGAAACUCUAUGCUCUCUAUAAAGUAAAUACGUAUUGAAAAUGUUUACUUAGAUUCUACAAUAUCCAUUGCGUUAUUCUCUCAGAUACUUAUACGAUGUACGAUGUUGACGGGCAGUUGAAUUGUUUAAUAUAUUGAAUAAACGCUAAU